CAGCAACCACUGAUCCCCCAGGAACGUCAACUUAAGAGCCUCCAGCAACCUCAGAUCCCCCAGCAACCUCAGAUCCCCCAGGAACGUCAACUUCAGAGCCCCCAGCAACCUCAGAUCCCUUACCCUCAGCAACCUCAGAUCCCUUACCCUCAGCAACCUCAGAAUCUUUACCCUCAGCAACCUCAGAUCCCCCAGGAUCGUCAACUUAAGAGCCCCCAGCAACCUCAGAUCCCUUACCCUCAGCAACCUCAGAACCCCCAGGAACGUCAACUUCAGAGCCCCCAGCAACCUCAGAUCCUUUACCCUCAGCAACCUCAGAUCCCCCAGGAACGUCAACUUCAGAGGCCCCAGCAACCUCAGAUCCCUUUAUCUCUUCCACCUCAGAUCCCUUACCCUCAGCAACCUCAGAUCCCUUACCCUCAGCAACCUCAGAAUCCUUACCCUCAGCAACCUCAGAACCCUCAGCAACCUCAGAACCCUCAGCAACAUCAGAACCCUCAGCAACCUCAGAAUCCUUACCCUCAGCAACCUCAGAACCUCCUGCAACGUCGACUUCAGAACCCUCAGCAACCUCAGAUCCCUUACCCUCAGCAACCUCUGAUCCCUUACCCUCAGCAACCUCAGAAUCCUCACUUUCAGAAACCUCAAAACCCUCAGCAACCUCAGAUUCCUCACCUUCAGAAACCUCAGAGCCCUCAGCAACAUCAGAAUCCUCAUCCUCAGCAACCUCAGAACCCUCAGCAACCUCAGAAUCCUUACCCUAAGCAACCUCAGAACCCUCAGCAACCUCAGAAUCCUUACCCUCAGCAACCUCAGAACCUCCUCCAACGUCGACUUCAGAACCACCAGCAACUUCAGAUCCCUUACCCUCAGCAACCUCAGAUCCAUUACCCUCAGCAACCUCAGAUCCCCCAGGAACGUCAACUUCAGAGCCCCCAGCAACCUCAGAUCCCUUACCCUCAC